UCCAGCCGGGAUGUUUUGUUUCUGAGGAGCUCAUGGAAGAAACAGCGAGUGAAAUGAUGACUGUUCACUAAUUUAAACGGUUUCGUGUGAUAUAUAGUUUGCUUGUGAUCAUGUUGCCUGACGUUGAAGGUUCGUGUCCGUUUAUAGAGGACAGUUUUAGUCGCUUUUCCUCACAGAGUAACAUUUACGGGCUUUGCCAAGCGGGAGAAGACGAGCUGCUCGCUGCGACACUGAAAGGAAAAGUGGUUUGUUUCCGAUACCAAGACCUGCAGCAAAAAAUCCGGCCUGUGGCUAAAGAGGUGCAGUUCACUUACAUCCCAGUCGAUGCAGAGAUUGUGUCUAUUGAUGCGUUUAACAAGUCUGUCCCUAACAGAGGCCUGGUGGUGGGAAUCACCUUUAUUAAGGACUCGGGUGAUAAAGCAACACCGUUCCUGAAUAUCUACUGCGAGUAUGAGCCAGGGUCAGAGUUCAACUUGGAGUCCAUCGCUCAGAGCUGCCUGAACCUGGAGCUGCAGUUCACUCCCUUCCAGCUCUAUCACACUGAGCUGCAGUACGACGAGGGUAACAGAGAGACAGUGUUCCUGCUCAGCGGACAUGAUCAGCGCAUACACCUCUAUAAAGAAAACGCUUCGCUGCACCAGUUUGAGGAGCAGCCAGUGGAGCGUUUUUUCCCCGAGCUGACGGAUCUGCCCAGCAACGUGUUGUGGAUGAACGUUUUGAGUAUUGACGACGGGCGUCGGCUCACGGCAUUUGGCUGUCAGAACGGCUGUCUAGGGCUCGCGCUCGUCAACCAGAGAGGACCUGAGAUCCUCCAGAGUUGGCGUUUGCAGCAGGACAGUCCCGUAUCCACAGUGUUCCUCUUCCCUCUGAAGGUGGCGGCCCAGAACAGCAAUACAGAAGAAGAUCAGCGGGAUCAGGUGCUGGAGUACAACCUGUUGGUUACCAGCAUGAUAGAAAUGGCGGUGGUUUACAGAGAUGUAGAGCGGUGUGGUGUGAGCAAGCCGGUGUGUUUAGCAGGCAGCGAUCAGUGUGACGCCGUGCUGUGCGCUCUCCUUAUCGACCUGGACUUUGACGGACAGCUGGAGGUGCUGCUGGGAACAUACGGACAGGACCUGCUCUGCUACAAAUUUCAACAGCCUACAGCCAGUACGGAGGGGUGGUUCCAGCUGAUGUGGAGGCGGAGCUUCAAGAGCCCCUUGCUGUCAAUCAUCUACCUGGACCUGACUGGGGAUGGAUUGAAGGAGCUGGCCAUUCUGACCAUAAAAGGGCUGCAUAUAUUACAGCACAGCCUCAGCAGCACGGCUGAUCUGGUUCUGCAGCGGCUGGCCAACAGAGUGGCGAAGCUCUCCACCGUUCCUGAAAUCCAGACGGUCACAAAGCAGGAUACUGAACAAUGAUCACAUCAGGAGCACUUCAUCCUGAAAGCCUCCUGUACAGAAGUGUUAGUGCACUACAAGGCAUGCAGGCAGCCAUUGUGGAUUUGUCACAGUCGCUACAGUUAUAUGUGGAGUCUGUUUGGCCAUUUUAAGAAGCACUCCAAACAUUAGACCUCAACCUCUUGGUUGGUUAAUAGGUGGCUGAGGGACUGUGUGUUACACACAAUGCACUGCAAGUGGACAGUACAACACUGAAAAGUGGCAAGCAGCAGCGAGUUGGUUCACAAUGUAACCUUAAAUUCACUGUUCGAUGAACUGAAGUCCAGUGUUCUCAAUGCUCUCUAUAACAUACAGCCACAGGGCACUGUUUAUUAUUUGAGUGUCUCUUUGCUCUCUUCUACAUGGACAACAUUUCAUGUCCAGUGAAACGCAGUUGGUUGAUAUUCGCUAAUAAUAUUAACAAUCUGAUAACAUGGUGAAGAAAGCUUUCAGUCUGUGUGACACGUGUCUUAUUUAUUUGAUUUGCAUUAGAAAUGUCUAUGCCAUUCACAUCUGUCACGAUGAUAGUGCGAUGAUAAAUCGUGAUACAGAUUUAUAAUCUGAAUUGAUGGAAUUAAAAAAAUGAAAUGUGAUUAUCAGGUAA